UGGCGAUCGGUGGUGCGCUGUGUCCCUGGGACACAGCGGAUCACCGAUCAACGAAAAGAGCCGAAGACGUCUGCUCUGUCAUGUGAUCAGCUGUAUCCAAUCACAGCUGAUCGUAUAAGCGCCACCUGUCAGUGCCCAUCAAUGCCACCUGUCAUUGCCCAUCAGUGCCACCUGCCAGUGCCCAUCAAUGCCACAUAUCAGUGCCUACCACUGCAUAUCAAUGCCACAUAUCAGUGCCCAUCUGAGCUGCCUUUCAGUACCACCUAUCAGUGCUGCCAAUCAUUGCCACCUAUCAGUGCCCAUCAGUGCUGCCCAUCAGUGCCAGUCAGUACCACCUAUGAGUGCCAGUCAGUG